GGCGGGUAUAGAUGGGAAUAGCAGGGGGAGAGCCGGCAGGAGAUAUAUAGCCCCGACCCGGGCGGGAGGCCACGCAGACGGGUGGCAAGAUGAGCAGCGAGAGCAAGAACCUGGGCACUGGGGCAUCUUCCGACCCAGGGAGGGCGGCGGUGGCGGCCAGUUACCAGCGCUUCGAGCCUGGCCCCUAUCUCCGCAACAACUAUGGACCCCCUCGAGGGGACCUGCGCCAACCAGAUGGCGUGGGACCCUGGAAACUGCGAUGUCUAGCCGAAACCUUUGCCACGGGUGAAGUGACUGGCCAUAGCCUCAUUGAUAUUGGCUCUGGCCCCACUGUGUACCAGCUGCUCAGCGCCUGUGCCCACUUUGAGGACAUCACUAUGACUGACUUCUUGGAGGUAAAUCGUCAGGAGCUGGGGGUCUGGCUGCGACAGGACCCUGGUGCCUUUGACUGGAGCCACUACAGUCAACAUGUCUGCCUCAUCGAGGGCAAAGGAGAGUCCUGGCAGGAGAAGGAGCGCCAGCUUCGUUCCAAAGUGAAGAGGGUCCUACCCAUUGACGUUCACCAGCCCCAGCCAAUGGGUCCAGGGAGCCCGGCCCCUUUGCCCACUGAUGCCCUGGUCUCCACCUUCUGCCUGGAGGCAGUGAGUCCUGACCACGCCAGCUUCCAGAGAGCUCUGGACAACAUUACGACCCUGCUGAGACCCGGUGGGCACCUCCUGCUCAUAGGAGCUCUGGAGGAGUCCUGGUACUUAGCCGGGGAGGCCAGGUUGUCCGUGGUGCCUGUUCAAGAGGGGGACGUGAGGGAAGCUUUGAGUCGAAGUGGGUACCAGGUUCGAGAUUUCCAAACGUACAGUAUGCCUGCCCACCUGCAGACUGGUGUUGAUGAUGUCAAGGGCAUCUUCUUUGUUUGGGCACAGAAGACAGUGGCCUGA